CAGAAUAGUAAAAAUACCCAGUUUUUAAAAGAGGUCAGUGGGAAGUACAAGAUGGUUAUCUUUUUAGCACCCAUUCUCCUUGAGUGAAGACUAUUCAAUGAGCCAGCUCUUCUUGAUUGGUAAAGUUCAAACCUUUAUGCAAGAAUAGUAUUUAUAUGCAUGCAUAUACUGUUGUAUUUGACAAAAUUUGAGUUGGGUAUUCAAGAAUUUGUCUUUGGAGUUGAUUGUGAAGUGGGUUUUUUUAAAGGCUUCUUGAAUUGAAGAAACAAGGUUUUUCUUGAUUCAGCACAAUAAAGAUUCCAUCUUUAUUUAUCAAAGAAGGUUUUGAUCAGAUACUAGUUUGGAGCUUUAUUAAUGGGGAGCAAUGAAAUGGAAAUAAGUAGAGAGAUUGAGAAUGAUCAAUUGGGAGAGGUACGGAAUGAGGUAGAGGAUGUGAAGAGAUUGCCUCCAUGGACAACUCACAUUACGAUUCGAGGAAUUGUUGCUAGUAUAGCUAUUGGGAUCGUUUACAGUGUUAUUGUAAUGAAGCUUAAUCUCACCACUGGGCUUGUGCCUAAUCUCAAUGUUUCAGCUGCUUUGCUUGCCUUUGUUCUAAUUAGAACGUGGACAAAGUUAAUUCAUAAGGCUGGAUAUGUUUCGUCGCCCUUCACUAGACAAGAGAAUACAAUCAUUCAGACUUGUGCGGUAGCAUGUUAUAGUAUUGCUGUUGGAGGGGGGUUUGGUUCUUAUCUGUUGGGAUUGAACAAGAAUACAUAUGAGCAAGCAGGGAUCGACACAGAGGGGAAUUCACCAGGUAGUUACAAGGAACCUGCUGUUGGUUGGAUGACUGGCUUUCUCUUUGUUAGCAGUUUUGUUGGGCUUUUGGCCUUGGUACCUCUGCGAAAGAUUAUGGUAAUAGACUACAAACUAAGUUACCCUAGUGGCACCGCUACCGCAGUACUCAUAAAUGGGUUUCAUACUCCCAAGGGGGACCAGAUGGCUAGGAAGCAGGUUCAUGGCUUCACGAAAUUCUUCUCAAUCAGCUUCCUCUGGGGAUUUUUUCAAUGGUUCUACACUGGUGGAACCGGAUGUGGAUUUGUUAACUUCCCUACAUUUGGAUUGAAGGCCUGGAGGCAGACAUUUUAUUUCGAUUUUAGCAUGACAUAUAUUGGAGCUGGAAUGAUAUGUUCCCAUCUUGUGAACCUGUCUUUACUACUUGGUGCUGUGCUCUCAUGGGGGCUUAUGUGGCCACUCAUAGGUGAACAGAAAGGUGUUUGGUUUCCGGAGACUCUGCCUGAAAGCAGCAUGAAGAGUCUUAAUGGAUAUAAGGUUUUCAUUUCCAUCGCCCUUAUUUUAGGAGAUGGUCUUUACAAUUUUCUCAAGAUAUUGUACUUCACAAGUAAAAGUAUAUGUACCAGUAUGAACAAAAAGAACAAUAAAAUAACCUCAGAUGAUGGUAAUCAUCCCAUCGAUGAACUUCAGCGUAAUGAAGUAUUCAUAAGAGAGAGCAUCCCGUUAUGGAUUGCCUGCAGUGGCUAUGUUCUACUAUCUGUAGUCUCCAUCAUAGUAAUCCCUAUAAUGUUUCCUCAGCUAAAGUGGUAUUUUGUGCUUGUCGCCUAUGUUCUUGCACCAUCUCUUAGCUUCUGCAAUGCCUAUGGUGCUGGUCUCACUGACAUGAACAUGGCCUACAAUUACGGGAAAGUAGCCCUCUUCAUUCUAGCAGCUUUAUCCGGUAAAGACAAUGGUGUAGUUGCAGGGCUAGUUGGCUGUGGUCUUAUUAAAUCGAUCGUAUCAGUGUCCUCUGAUUUGAUGCACGACUUCAAGACAGGGCAUCUCACUCUCACUUCUCCUCGCUCAAUGCUUGUAAGCCAAGCUAUUGGAACUGCUAUUGGUUGUGUAGUAGCUCCUCUCGUGUUUUUCCUCUUUUACAAGGCUUUUGACGUUGGAAAUCCAGAUGGAGACUAUAAAGCUCCCUAUGCAAUCAUAUACAGAAACAUGGCAAUUCUAGGAGUCGAAGGUUUCUCUGCGCUGCCCCAACAUUGUUUGCAACUCUGUUAUGGUUUUUUCAGUUUUGCCAUACUGGCGAACUUGCUGAGAGACAUUUCCCCCAAAAAAGUCUCAAAAUGGGUCCCCCUUCCGAUGGCCAUGGCUGUGCCGUUCCUUGUGGGGGCCUACUUUGCUAUAGAUAUGUGUAUGGGGAGCUUAGUUGUGUUUGUAUGGCAUAAGCUCAAUAGCAAUAAGGCUAGUUUGAUGGUACCUGCUGUUGCAUCAGGUCUGAUCUGUGGAGAUGGCUUGUGGAUUCUUCCGUCGUCAAUCCUGGCUUUGGCGAAGAUCAAUCCGCCAAUCUGCAUGAACUUCUUAGCAACAAAACUUUCUUAGCGAGGACAGAAAUGGUUCAAGACACCAACAGUUAUGCAGUUUUGAGUCUCUCUAGAUUAGGAACACAUACUGAUAGUAAUAAAAUAGUGCAGAAUAAGAAAGGGCUCUGCCCCCUGAUCAAAAAAGAAAAAGAAAAAAGACAAGGCUGUGACCAUUUAGACCCUAGGAUGAACAAAGGAUGAUUGUGAACCUGGAAGUGUUGCAUGCAACAUAAAUUUGGACACAGUCAAACACUACACCCAUGAUUUGUUGUGAAGUAGAUUAAUGAAAAUCACACGUUUGACAUGCAA